UACAACUUUACAUGUUAGAUGUGUUUGCAUGUUGGGGUAUUUUACAAGUUAGACCAAAACAAAUGGAGAAUGUUUUUGCCUGCGGGUUUCUACUACACUUUUAUAGGUGGUUACCAGUAUGCCUCCACACAUUGCUAUCCCUGACUUGCGGUUUGAACAAUCGUUUUUAAAGCAGCUCCACAAAUAUGCUGGUGAUGUGCAAGCACCACCCCCAGUUUCUCCAAACAAACUAAAGCGCAAACAUAACGCACCGGUACUCACCGAUGCAGAAUUACAAUUGAUGAACCAUAAUUUAGACGUCCAGGAACAGCAACAACUCCAACCAUUACCUAUAUCGACAGGGAUAGUUGUGUAUGCUGUUAUCAAGGACCAAAUUAUCAUGCCGUUGUUGCAAGGGUUCUUGUUGAGUUAUGCCUUGUUGAGUAUAAGACCAGUUUUACGGUUGGUUGUAAAGAAUGGUCAAGAAGUUGGUGGUUGGGUUAGUCGACUUAUAGGGUUGAACAGAUUGGGUGCUGGCAGAGUACUGGUUGUUAAAAGGUCGUGAGAGAUGGAUAAUUUGUAAAUAGAAUAUAUAUAUAAUACACACAUUAGGAUAAUGAAUGCUAC